AUGACAAUUGCAAAUAUUCUUUUGUCCCUCAACGAUAAGGUCCAGAAAAACAAGGGCCAAUCCAUUCUCAUCACACUCUUUAUCGCACCGUUGGUCUACAUUCUCGUCAAUGAGCUUGUGCGCCACAAUGCACGGAUCAGCAAUCUUGACGGACCUUGGGGAUUACCCUUGAUUGGAAAUAUCCGAGACAUCAAGGUAAACGCUUCGGAAAAAUAUCGCGAGUGGGCCAAGAAGUACGGACCAGUUUAUCAGAUCCAGCUUGGCAAUAUUCCCAUCGUUGUUGUUAACAGCGCUGCUGCUGCGAGACACAUCUUUGGUGCUAAUGCACAGGCUUUGAGUUCUCGGCCGGAGUUUUACACAUUCCACAAGGUUAACCACACCACCCCCAAUACUUGCCAGGGUGCCGCCUCUGCCCUCAACCGACCUUCUGUGGCCACAUAUGUCGACCAUCUCGACGUCGAAACCCGUGACUUUAUCAAGGAGCUCAUCGAAUAUGGUAACAAUGGAAAGUCUCCUGUCGAUCCCAUGCCCAUGAUCCAACGCCUUUCUCUAUCCCUAGCCUUGACACUCAACUGGGGCGUCCGUCUGAAGAGCCAGAAAGACAAUCUGUUCGCCGAGAUUACACAUGUUGAGGAGGAGAUCAGUCGAUUCAGAUCUACUACAGGUAAUCUCCAAGAUUACAUUCCCUUGCUUCGUCUGAACCCUUUCAACUUCCACUCUUCCAAGGCGAGGGAGAUGAGGAACAGGCGAGACAAGUACCUCACUGCUUUGAACGACGGCUUGGAUGAGAGAAUCAAGAAUGGCACGUCCAAACCAUGCAUUCAGGCCAACGUUAUCAUGGAUAAGGAGGCCAAGCUGAACAAGGAUGAACUCACAUCUAUCAGUCUCACCAUGCUGUCGGGCGGUUUGGACACUGUCACUACACUUGUCGCAUGGUUUGUUGCUUAUUUGAGUCAACAUCCCGAGAUUCAAGACAAGGCAGUAUCUGAGAUUGGCAAAUUCUUCAGUCAGAAGGAGCCUAUGUGUGAUGCCAAUGACGACCAGAAGUGCGAAUAUGUCGUCGCCCUGGUCAAGGAGUCAUUGAGAUACUACACUGUGCUGCGACUCGCUCUUCCGCGAGCUUCGAUUCGCGACAUCAUCUACGAAGGUGUAAAGAUUCCCAAAGGGACUGUCGUCUUCCUUAACGCAUGGGCAUGUAACAUGGAUGAACAAGUUUGGUCCGAUCCUCAGGAGUUCCGCCCCGAGCGUUGGUUGGAGCAGCCUGAAGCUCCUCUCUUCACCUACGGCGUUGGAUACCGCAUGUGUGCUGGGUCAUUGCUCGCAAACAGAGAGCUGUAUCUACUGUACAUGAGACUUCUCAACAGUGUCAAGAUCGAGCAGUUUGACAAUGUCGAUUGUCACCCUGUUCGAGGCAACUUGGAUCCCACAAGUCUCGUUGCGAUGCCCCGUAGAUACAAGGCUUCGUUUACGCCAAGAAGUCCGGACGAUUUGAAGAAGGCUCUGGUAGUGUCAGUAUAG